AUGAUAAGUUGGUUGAUAUCGGAACCGUUGCCUCCCAGCUCUCACCGUCCGCGCUAGUCAUCCGACACGACCGACCGACUAGACGAGCAUGAGGAUCGCUUCACCGAGAGGAAUCCUCAGCGCGGGCUCUGUCUUCUUCGAAUCUUCAGCCGUCACCGGCAAGCGGUGCGGCUUCCUUCCCCCAAACUCCAAGACUCAGAAGGGGAAGUUCACUCCUACAGCCACAGCCCUCGUGGUCCAAUCCUCAUUUCAGCAGCAGAAGUCGAGUGAAGAGCUAUUGGUGGUGGUGGGGGCCGGAGCCGCCGGGGUCUACGGCGCAAUUAGAGCGAAGACGGUGGCGCCCCACCUCAAUGUGCUGGUCAUUGAGAAAGGGAAGCCCUUGUCGAAGGUUAAAAUUUCUGGAGGUGGCCGGUGCAAUGUCACUAACGGGCACUGUUCUGACAACAUGAUUUUGGCAGAGCAUUACCCCAGGGGCCACAGAGAACUGAGAGGAUCAUUUUUCAGCACACACGGCCCAUUGGACACCAUGGCCUGGUUUUCUGAUCAUGGUGUAAAACUGAAGACUGAGAGCGACGGACGGGUGUUCCCUUUCAGUGAUAGUUCGUCAUCGAUAAUUGACUGUCUUAUGUCCGAAGCCAAGCAGAGAGGAGUUUCUAUACAGACUGGGAAAGUCUUGACGACUGCUUCCCCAACUAACCGUGGGAAGUUUCUCCUCAAGAUUGAGAAGCGUAGUAUUGAUUAUGUGGAGAAUGUAGAAGCUGAUUAUGUACUUAUUGCCAGUGGGAGCAGUAAACAGGGAUAUGAUUUGGCAACCCAGCUUGGUCACUCUAUUGUGGAUCCAGUCCCAAGCUUAUUCACUUUUAAAAUUCACGAUUCACGGCUAGCAGAACUAUCGGGGGUCACCUUUCCAAAAGUGCGGGCGAGGCUGAAACUAGAAAAUUUGCAGAGGAAUAUACCUCAGCUUACACACGAGGGACCCAUGUUAGUGACACAUUGGGGACUUAGUGGGCCCGUGAUUCUUCGGUUAUCUGCCUGGGGAGCUCGUCAUUUAUGCAGUGCAUGCUAUGCAGGAACUCUUUUCGUAGACUUUCUACCAGAGACACAUUUGGAAGGCUUGAAGGCUAUCCUUAUUCAACACAAGAAUCAAUAUCCGAAGCAAAAGUUGUUCAACUCCUUUCCUCCAUCAUUCGGCAUCGUGAAGAGAUUCUGGAAGUAUAUAUUGGAUCGUGAGGGUAUGAGCGGAGAUAUCCUAUGGGCUUCCAUUUCAAACAACUCUUUAAUUGCAAUUGCUUCUCUGUUGAAACAGUGCGUGUUUGAAGUGAGAGGGAAAGGUCAAUUCAAGGAUGAAUUUGUCACUGCCGGGGGUGUCCCAUUAUCUGAGAUCUCGUUGAAUACAAUGGAGAGCAAGAUAAGGCCCCAUUUAUUCUUUGCAGGAGAGGUGCUAAAUGUUGAUGGGCUCACUGGUGGUUUUAAUUUUCAGAAUGCUUGGUCUGGCGGGUACAUUGCGGGCACAAGUAUUGGGCAGCUAGCAGUUGAAGACCUACCGGAGAUGAAGAAAGUCGAAUGCCAAAUUUGAAGAAUAGAGAGCAGACCACCAAAUCACCAAUUUGCUGCUUAGCCGAAUCUCGUGUAAUAUCUGAACAUAUCGAGAGAGUUUAUCCUAUUACGACAUGCAGAUGACAGUUUACAGAAUAUGUUCAUUUGUUGAGGAUUGGUCUUUGUUCUCUUUCUUGACCAAGCAAUGUAACGAGGUUUCCUUAGGAUGAAAUCAAAGAUGUUGUAUAUCAAUGUAGCUGUAAAUUGUGAGAUAGAAGAUGAACAUAACAUCAAUGUAGCAGAGAGUGUUUUGAAAUAA